CCUGACGCAGCCCGGGCGGGAGGUGCCUCGUGGUGACAGCUGUCCCCACGUCCUGGAGCGGGGACAGAGCCACCACCGCCGUGCCAUGCCGGGGGGAAAGGCCCUGAGUGCCUGGGGGCUGCUGGCCAGCCUGGCCGUGGCCAGCUGGGGGGUCCGAGGGCAGAUAUUCGUGAAGGAAUUCAGUGGGAAGGUGUUCCUGGAGUGUGUGAGAAGCCAAGGCAAGAACAUCACGUGGUGGAGAGAUGGGAGCGCUGUCGGGCACGAGGCACAGCUGGACCUGAGCAGCGUUUACGACGACCCCAGGGGCCUCUACGUGUGUGAGACAGGAGACAAAAGGAGCAGCCUCCAGGUGCACUAUCGCAUGUGCCAGAACUGCAUCGAGGUGGACGCUCCCACCAUCUCGGGCAUCCUCGUCGCCGACGUGGUGGCCACGCUGUUCCUGGCAGUGGCCGUGUACUGCGUCACUGGCCAUGACAGGGGACACACCUCGCGAGCCUCUGACAAGCAGAACCUGAUCUCCAACGAGCUCUACCAGCCCCUGGGAGAGAGGGAGGAGGAGCAGUACAGCCGGCUGGCUCCCGCCCGUGCCCGCAAGUGAGGAGGAAGACUCUGGGACUGCCUUCAUCAGCGUGCUGGCUUUGCCUGGGGGUCCCUCCAGGGUGGGCUGCUUGCAGCCCUGUGCUCAUUCCACACCUCUUGCACUUCUCUAUUCAUGCCAUUAAAGAUGAGCCUGUCCCACAGGCUCCCUGCUCCA